AUGGAUGAGGAGCAGAGCAAGAGCAGCAGCAGCAGCAAUAGAGUCGAGGUACUUGAGCCAAGCAGCAGCAGCGAGGAGUUGGGACAGCAAGCAAAGCCAGCGGAAGAGGCAAAGGAGGACGAGCAAAGCAAUGCAGAAAGCACGCUCGUCGAGGAUGCAGACACCCAGGCCGAGGACGUCUCCGAUGGCAUCUCGAUAAUCAGUGACUGCGAGAGCACUGGACGCAUUUCGCCGCAUCCCUUUCUGCGCGAGCAUCUCAACGAGCUGAGCUUCAAGUUCGAUGCGGGCCAUGAAGUGCCGCUGCUGGGCAAUAUGCCAGAUCUGAAUGCUGCCCAGGAGAUGCGUGAACGACGUCGCCGUGACCCACGCCCAGCCCUGCAGCUGAAUAAUGCACCGCAGCCAGCAGCACAGCCAGCAGCACCGUCGACAGCUGUGCAACGUCGCUAUCGUAUGCCGCCGCUGAUGCAUAACGGAUUGACCGCCAUCUUCUAUGUGGGCGCCACUUUGGCCGUGCUGGCACUUAUUGGCCGACUGCGUAAUCCCGAGUGGAAGGUGUUCAGCAGCAAUGAGGCCAUUCCGGAUCUGGAUCAGCGGCUGCUCGAUCUGGAGCUGCAGAAUAAUCUGAUGCGCGCCGAGAUUGAUAUCAUGUCCAAGCAGCUGCUAUAUCUUAGCUCCAUAGCUGGACAGGGUCACGGUCCGGGCCAGGGUCAGGGACAGGGACAGGGAAAGGGUCAUGGACACGGUCAGGCCCAGGCUCAGCCGCGCAAGCCGAAAACAUUCAAGGCCUGGUCCGGCAACGGCGACUCUGUGGAUCCUGUGGUCAUUACCAAGGCGGACCUGAAGCGCCCGUACAAGUGCCCCGAUGGCAACUAUGUGGAAAUCGCCGCCAUGUGCAUGGAAGCAAAACCGCAUGCCGAAUCUCUAGCCGAUGAGAUUGGUGAUGCGGUGAACGAUGUGCUGCGGCAAUCUCAAGCUUUUCACGACUUUGAAAAGGUCACCGAGCUGCUAGGCACACUCGCUGGCGAGGACGAAACGCCCACAUCCACACCCACGCCCGCACCGAAUGUCGGUGCCAGCGAUCCAUCCAAAGCUUUCCAUGUGCAUGGCGACAAAAUGCGAGCACCGCCCCUCGAGACCAACAAGCAACGCUAUCCCAAUACAGAUGCAUCGAAGGAACGCUACAAGACCAAAUACAACAACAACGCAAAGUGGCAGGACUCCAAGGAGCAGAAGUAUGAUUCCAAGGAGCACAAGUACAACUCGAAGGAACGCCGCUAUCGCAAGCAUCUGGGCAACUCCAAGGAGCAGCAGCACGGCAGGAAGCAGCGCCAUGAUGAUGACGAUGACAGCGCCAGCGGCGAGUGGCACGAGCGCAUGAUGCAACAUCGUGAGCACGCACGCCAGCGUCACGAGAAGAAGCGCAACAACAAUUGGUUCAUCGAGCGCGGCGGCGGUCGGGAGCAGAUCCGCUCCAGCGAGACGCGACGUUAA